CAGAUCCAACAGAUUGCACCAAGUAUUAUACUUGCUAUUUGGUUGAAGUUCAUUUAUCAUGUGGUGCUGGCCAAGCAUUCAAUGAUGUACUAAAAUAUUGUGACUGGAUGCAUAGUGUCCAGUGUGAGGUCGAUGAUAUAGAACCAACAGUAGAAACUACAGUAACAGAAAUGUUAGCAACUACAGCGACGGCAGGGGAACCAACUACAGUAGCAGUACUGGAAACAACUACAAUGGGAUCUGAGGAAACAACUACAGUAGCGGAAAUGGAUCCACCUUCAGAAGUGGCAGUGGAACUAACUACUGUAGCGGCAGUGGAACCCACUGCUGUAGCGGCAGUGGAAACAACUACAACAGGAGAGGAGGAAAAAACUACAGUAGCGGAGAUGGAUUCAACUACAACAGUGGAAAUGGACACAACUACUGUAGCGGCAGUGGAAACAACUACAGUAGUUGCAGUGGAACCAAAUACUUUAGCGGCAGGGGAAACAACUACAAUAGUGGCAGUGGAACCAACUACUGCAGCGGCAUUGGAACAAACUACUGGAGCAGCAGUGGAAAUAACUACAACAAAGGAAACAACUACAUUGUGGGCAGUACAACCAACUACUGUAACUGCAAAUGAAUUAACUACAGUAGUUGCUAUGAAAUCAACUACUGAAGCAGCAAUGGAACCAACUACUGUAGCGACAGUGGAAAUAACUACAGCAGUUGCAGUGGAACCGACUAUUGUAGCGUCAUUGAAACCAACUACUGUAGCGGCAGUGGAAAUAACUACAGCAGGAGCAGAGGGAACAACUACAGUGGUGGCAGUGGAACCAACUACUGUAGCUCCAUUUAUAUUAACUACAGCAGCGGCAUUGGAAUCGACUACUGUAGUGGCUGUAGAACCAACUGAUGUAGCGACAGUGGAAUCAAUUACUGUAGCUGCAGUUGAAACAACCACUGUAGCGGCAGAGGAACCAACUACUGUAGCGGUAGUAGAAACAACUACUGUAGCGGCAGUAGAAACAACUACAAUAAGAGCAGAGGAAACUACUAUUGCAGCAGAAAUGGACCAAACUACAAUAGAUAGAGUGGAAUUAACUACAGAAGCGGCAGUGGAACCAACUACUGCAGUGGCAGUGGAACCCACUACAGUAGCGGCAGUGGAAACAACUACAGUAGUAGAAGACGAAACAACUACUAUAGUGGCAGUUGAUCCAACUACUGUAGCGGCAGUGGAAGCAACUUCAAUAGGAGUAGAAGAAACAACUACAAUAUUGGUAGUGGACCCAACUACUGUAACAGCAGUGAAACCAACUACAAAAGUGGUAGUGGAUCCAACUACAGUAACGGAAGUCGAAAAAACUACUGUCGCGGCAGUGGAAACAACUACAAUAGGAACAAAGGGAACAACUACAGUAGUUGAAAUGGACGCUACAGUAGAACCAACAAUAGAAACUACAGUAACAGAAAUUGCACCAACUACAGUGGCGCCAGUGGAACCAGCUACAGUAGCGCCAGUAGAACCAACUACAAUAGCGACAAUGAAAGCAACUACAAUGGGAUCAGAGGAAACAACUUCAGUAGUGGCAGUUGAACCAUCUACUGUAGCGGCAGUGGAAAUAACUACAGCAGGAGCAGAGGGAACAACUACAGUGGUGGCAGUGGAACCAACUACUGUAGCUCCAUUUAUAUUAACUACAGCAGCGGCAUUGGAAUCGACUACUGUAGUGGCUGUAGAACCAACUGAUGUAGCGACAGUGGAAUCAAUUACUGUAGCUGCAGUUGAAACAACCACUGUAGCGGCAGAGGAACCAACUACUGUAGCGGUAGUAGAAACAACUACUGUAGCGGCAGUAGAAACAACUACAAUAAGAGCAGAGGAAACUACUAUUGCAGCAGAAAUGGACCAAACUACAAUAGAUAGAGUGGAAUUAACUACAGAAGCGGCAGUGGAACCAACUACUGCAGUGGCAGUGGAACCCACUACACGGCAGUGGAACCAACUACUCUAG